AUGAACACCACUCCGGAUCUGCUACUCGUCAACAAGCGCACGCCUCUUUCGGAGAGGAACACGACUCCGGAUCAGGGCGGCGGCGGUGACGAGGAUGCCGCUAAGGGCAAGCUCUCCAACCCGAUCCUCGCGCGUGUCGUCGUUGGUCGCAAACUUUCGAAACCUCGCCAGAAGCCCGUCUCGGAGCGGUCCGUCCUCAGGAUGCGCGGCGACAGGGAGGCCAGGUACCGAAGCCAAUCUACUGGACACUAUCAGACGGAUUCGCUAGCUUCUCGCAAAGAGAAGUUCAAUGAUAUUAGCCCUCAGGCGGGCUUCGAGGAGGAUCUGUACGCUGCUAUGGCGCUGUCUGGCACCAAGGCUCAGGUCCUUGAGAUGCACAAGGAGUUGGUCUGA